ACAAAAACAACAAAGGAAGGUGUCGCAGCAUUGCCGUGGACCCAACCUCAAAAUAGUACAAGUCGUGAUUCUUGUGAAAAUGGGAAAAAAUUUGAUAGUCGUUUGAUAGAGAAGCCUAGACUGGGAAGGAAGGCCACCUCAGUUUUCUUUUCCUUGCCAAUUAAGCUUUGAAUUUUGAUCCUCAACGAUGUUUUAAAAUUUAUCAUCAUCUCCUCCAUAUAUAAACAUCAUCACAAGAUUAGGCUAAUCACUCACUUUAUACAUUUGCCUAAAUUCCGACAAGUCCCGAUUCACACAUUUCAGAAGACAGUACGAGGUUAAUUCCGACAUAUGGGAAUGGAACAGCCUCUUCUCUCUUCAGGGAGAAGUGACAAAUUGAGCUCGUAUGUGGGAGGGCCUGGCUCGGUUAUUCCAACUGCUUCCUUGGCCGGAAAUGAAGAAGUAGUAAGCCUUGAUGAGGUUCGGUCCGCCGCUUCUGUUCCUCACUCUGAUAUCUAUCCUCCCGUGCUUCAUAGCCCCUUAAUCAGUCCUUCUCAACCUCAUGCCCUUUCACCAUCUUAUGGUCAAGAAUAUCCUGGAGGAUACCAGGGAGUUGGCAGUGAUCCAAGACAAGUACUGGAUGAGGUAGAGAUUCGGGAAUUACUAAUAGAUCAUGUUGGCCAUCGGUGCUGCUGGGGAAGUCGUCCAGCCAGAACGUGGAAAAUCCAUGCAGUGGAAGAUUGUAAUGUCUAUGUGGGGACUUUGGACACUUUUGUGGAGGAGAGAGAAACAGUAAUCGAAAAGGAGCCUUAUCUCGGUGGAGAUGUUGACGGGACAUCAAAAGGCCCUGAACUCGGAUUGUGGGAAUUAGAUUUAAGGUCUGAGUUCCCAGUUUUAUUUACUCCUUUUCAGGAGAGAAGGGUGAAAAUUCCUCGUUCUGAAGCUAUUGAAAGAUGCUCAGAUUGCAUGGGACGAGGGCAAAUUGUUUGUCCUAAGUGCAAUACUGAUGAAGAGCCUGGAUUCUAUAAGGCUAAUCAGAUGAGAAAUUGCUCUCAUUGUUAUGGCAGAGGUCUAAUUGCUCAUGCAGAUGGCUCUGAUACUGUAUGCGUCCAGUGUGACGGAAAGGGAGUGGUUCCUUGUUCAAGUUGUGGAUCUCGUGGGCUGAUUAAAUGUGAGACCUGUAAGGGUGGGGGUUCAAUUUUGGUUCGCAAAGUUGCUGUCAUCCGCUGGAAGACUCUUUCAACUCGAAAAGUAAGCGCCACAAGUGGAGCCGCUUCGGUUCCAGAAAUUGUCUUCCACAGAGCUAAAGGAGUCCAGUUAUGCAACACACAAGCCUAUCAGUGCACUCCGGCCUAUUUUGCUGAUUCCUUCUUCCUAAAUAAGUUCUCUUCUGAAGUAAUUGCAGAAAGGGCUCCAAUACCUCAAGCGGCUCGGGUAGUAUGCGAGAAGCAUAUCAUCUCCGUUGUCCCAGUGACUCGUGUGACAAUGACACACAGAAAUCGCUCCUUCAGCUUCUACAUAAUUGGGUACAGUCGGGAGGUUUAUUUGCAGGACUACCCUUCUAGGUUCUGUUGGGGUUUAUGCCCUUGCAUGGACUGGCUGAAAUUGUAAUCUUGCAGUGCACCUUUACAGGUUUCAUCGCGGUCGGUUGACGAUUUUAUCAUACAGGAGUAAAACAAUGCAUUGAAUGAAUUUGUUGUAUUGUAACAAAGCAACUUGAAAUGAUACUACAAGCAUAUCUGUUUUUUUUUUUUUUUUUUCUUUUCUUUCUUUCUCUCCAGACAACUUUAACCUCAAUCAAAUUGACAAUUCCUUAGAUGUCCCAAAGUAAGCUGUCAAGAACGUCAAAUAUCUCCAG